CCAUUUGCUAAAUUUCUGGCGGGAACAAAUCUGGACUGAGAGAAAGAGUUUCAGUAGAACAUCAAUGGAAUCUGGAAGUGAUUUUCCUAAAUGGGCUUCUGAACCCUGCAUCAUGGGCAUUGACGAAGCUGGACGAGGCCCUGUCUUAGGUCCCAUGGUAUACGGAUGCUUGUAUUGUCCAGUAUCGUAUCAAAAGACUCUUUCCUCGUUGAAUUUUGCAGAUUCAAAGACCUUAAAGGAAGAAAAAAGGGAAGAAUUAUUUGAUAAUUUGAAGGCUGAUGAAUCUCUGGGAUGGGCUGUGGAUGUCAUAGAUCCAAAGGAACUAUCUGCAAAAAUGUUAAAGAAAACCAAGAUUAACCUCAAUGAGAUCUCACAUGAAUCUGCCAUGGGCCUUGUCAGAAGAGUAACAGAUAUGGGAGUUCUUCUGACUGAGGUUUAUGUAGAUACAGUUGGAGAUCCAGAGAAAUACAGAGUGAGAUUGACUGAACGAUUUCCAUUCAUAAAAUUUGUAGUUGCGAAAAAAGCUGAUAGUCUAUAUCCAGUUGUGAGUGGAGCAAGCAUUGUUGCUAAGGUUACAAGAGAUCGAGCAAUUCGAAAUUGGGAACUAGAUGAAACUGCUGAUAAUAUAAACAGAAAUUUUGGCUCUGGGUAUCCAGGAGACCCUGCAACUAAAACUUGGUUGGGUGAUCACAAACACCCGGUAUUUGGAUUUCCAACAUUAGUACGGUUCAGCUGGGGUACAUGUACUCCCUUCUUCAAAAAUAUGGUUGAAGUUCUUUGGGAAGCUGAUGAAAUGGAAGAUGAUGAUUCUACGAAUAAUAAUAGGAAAAAACAACAGAAACUAACUAGUGUUGGCUUUACCGGAUUGAAGAAGACUACGAAAACAGAAGAAACUGAAUCAAGUGGAAAAGGGCGUUGCAAAUUUUUUCAGGCUCGAAAACUCCAACAAGUCUCUCAAUUCUAAUUGAGAAAAGCUGGUAGCAUUAAAGUGUAUUUCUGGUGAUUUUAUAACAAAAUUGUUUGAAAUAUCAGAACCAAUUUCACGCUUGCUUACUGCAAGUCAAAUUGGAAACAGUUCAGUUUAUCUGACUUAGUUUCCAAUUGAUUCUAAAACUAUUGAGCUUUUAAAUAUUUAGAUGCUAUAUGA